GAAAUAUUAUUGGAAAUAUUUGGAGGUGUCUGAAGAGAAACUUAAGUCAUCGUCAGCACGUAAAUGUUAUGUAUUGUGACACGUAGCAGUUGUGGGUUUAUUUCGCGUCAAAGCCGGAAGUGCCGUUGUUUGGUUUUAUUCUAGCUAGCUGUCAAAACCCUAAUCAAACCAAACACUGCCACUGUGCUCAGAUAAGAUCCGCUCACCUGACAAACAACACUCCAGGUAUGUUUAAACACAUGUGACACGGUCAGCGCUGCCAGUUGAAUUAACGUGACAAUAGUACAUAACUUGCUAACUUCGGGGAUUCGAUACCUUGAGUCUAACGGAGGCUAACUGAUGAAAUGCUGUUGUCAAUUCUGCAGACGAUCCCCCUCAGCUGCUGUUGUUUAUUUAGAAACAUUAAUUAAUCCGAUAUUUGUUCUAUCUGUUUUAUUCCACAAGAUACUGACUAAUCACAACUAAUAGUUAUUUUCUGUCAAUCUGUUAAUAUUUUUCAUAUUCAGUUGUUCUUUUAGUCUCCAAACCAAAGACAUUAAAUUUAACUGUCACAGAGAUGCUAAGAAGCCACAACACAACGUAAUUUGUAUUUUAUAAAGAACUAACUCAAACUGAUUAGUCAGUCAUCAAAAUAGUUUAGCAAUGUAGCACUAAUAUGUAGAUUAAUUUAUAAUGAAAUACAAGCUCACACAGCUUCAGCACAUUCUAGGCUUGUCCACAAAGGCAUAUGUUUGGUAAAAUAGCACCAACAUGCCUUCAUACAAAUCUGUGUCUGUGUGUGGUUAGGGCGAUGGGGCCAGACAGUGCCCCAGAUCCAACAGUGCCCUGGCGGAAGGUGCUGUGGGAGCGCCAGCCAUUUCCUGACAACUACGUGGAUCAGCGCUUCCUUGAAGAAUUACGGAGGAACGAGGGCCUCCGACACUACCAUUACUGGGCUGUGGUGAAGGAAGCAGGCUUUGUGGGGCAGCAGCUGUCCUGUGUGGCCAUUUUCAUCACCCUCUGGCUCUACAUGGAGCAGGGUCUGCUUACCCCUGAGAUGCUGUUGGUGACCAGCCUCACCUGUGCGGUGCUGGGUUAUGGACUACACCAAGCUUUGACAUCACAGGUUGAAUCCGGCUGUGAGCCCCGUACUCAUCUGGCUGACUUGCAAAGUGCCACCAUUUUUCUGUCCUUCACCUUUGGUUUCUCACCAGUUCUUAAGACACUAACAGAAUCCGUGAGUACGGACACAGUGUAUGCCAUGUCUGCUUUGAUGUUGCUGGCCCACCUGGUUUCAUUCCCUUACGCGCAGCCUUCACCCCCAGGAAGUCUGUCCCUAAAUGCAGCUCUGUUUGCCUCAGUGUGUUUAGCCUCGAGGUUGCCUGGGGCCCUUCACACCUUUGCUAUGCUCAGCUGUGCCCUGCUGGUGUUUGCCCUGUGGCCAUGUCUGCUGCAGAGGCUGAGGGACAAGGCUCCCAGCCACUUCACUGGGGUGUGUGUGGGAAUGUGCAUUGGAGGAGUAGGAGGUCUGAGCUCCCAGUCUUUUGGUGGGGCUGUGCUGCUGGCACUGGCCCUAGGAAGUGUUACGUUUCUCUGUCCUUUACUACUGGUCAGGCUGCAGAGGCACAAGGACAACAUCCAAGGACCCUGGGAUGAGGCUGAGAUUCAUGAAGAUCUCAUCCACUUCCUUCAAUAAAACAUGUUACAAGACAAAAGAGAAACAAACAUAAAUGACAUUUACUGUUAAAGAAUUAUGCUGGGUUUUUUUUGUUUUUACAUCUGAACUGACUAAAAUGUUACUGUUUGUUAAAACUGAUCAUUUCUUUGGACAGCCACAAAUUCUUGUUUUAAUGUUAAAGCUGCUACUAACAAGUGUUGACCUCAGAAUUUUUAUGUACAGUAAAUCAACUAAUGUGCAAUGCUGACUUAACUGGUGGGUUUAUGGUCGUGUCCAAUGUGGUGUUGAUGUGUAUGAAUGGUUGGGCAUUGUAAAUGACAGAUUAUGAACAAGGGCUCUAAUUCUGUUGGAAACUACAAUAUGUUUAAAUUAAACAUUAUUCUACAGUUUAAGGGUUUUUGUCAAGCUUCUCUGUAAUUAUUACUAUCACAAUCAUCACCUCACUGCUCCUCUCUUUUAAUAUGGUAUUAGACAAAUAGAUGGGACAAGUAAAGAAGAUGUUUCAGCAGUUGUGCUGGAUGCAUUACAAACACGUUUAUUUUUAUGGAUUAAAGAUUAAUUACAAAGUUAAA